AUGUUAGCCGCCAACUGGAGAGCUGCUCUGAUGAUGGAUGAGAUGAACCCCUACACUAAGAUCAGUCCAGCGCGGGGAGGCUCAGAGCACCAGUCAGCUGGGGCUGUGAUGGGCAUCAUCUUCCUCCUCCUCCUCAUCAUGAUGGCCAUGCUCAGCCUGUUUGUCUGGUUCCGACAGAGACAGAGGGACAAGGGACACCACAUGCAGCCUAGUGUGGCAUAUACACCUGGCCUGAGGAUAACAAACACCGACUAUUCUGAGUGUUGCAGUACGGUAGCCAUGCGUCCCUCCACCCUGGAUGUGUCUCAGACUCUAACCCAGAGUGGUAGCAGUUUAUCAGGAAGCUGUAUCUCAAACCCCUCCUACCACACCGUGUCUGUACCUCAGUGUAAUGACACUACCAACCCCUCCUACCACACCGUGUCUGUACCUCAGUAUAGCCUGGCCUCAACCAUCACCACCAACCUGGACAGCACGCUCACUGUCGCGUCCAGCUCCCUGAAAGGAGUCAGGAAUGGAUCAGAGUGGAGAGCCUACUGCAACCUCAACCAUCUGGAGCCAACAGUUAGUGUUCUACAGGGACUUAAUGGAAUGGCCACCGGUUUCUCCCAGAAUCCCUACGAUCUUCCCCGGAGCAGCCACUUACCCAGCGGCCUCAACCUCAUCCCCCGCCACUACGACAUCCUACCCAUGAGCCACAGCCCUACAGACACCCCACCCCCUCCCCCAGAGAGCCCCAGCUCCCUGCUAUAGAGGUAGGGGACAUGCCCUGGUCCCUCCGUCCAGCCCUUGACAUUGUUCUGACAACAUUUGGCUAACAUUCUAACAAACAUCCAGCCCUCUCCCCGUUUCCAUGCAUGAUGACAAUGUAAUAGUGAAGAUGCUAUCAGAGAUAGAGGGGUCACCGUGAGGACUGAGGAGGACAGAGAGGGAUCGAGUCCCCCUUUAAACCCUGAUGAGGAGAAAGAGAGAGAGAGAGAGAGAGAGAGAGAGCCCCCUCCUCUUCACCGUUACAGAGACUCACACACCAGCGACCAUUCAUCUGUUGUAUCCUCCAAGACUGUCAGUGGGAAGACUCCAACUUUUCACUCUGGACCUCUGGAAUGGAUCCUGCUAUUGAUGUUAAAGUGUACUAAGGUGACAUCAUGUUCCUAAUAUCCCCAUUAUAGACGUGUGGUCAGAGAAAUUAUAUCCACAGUAGAUAGAUCAAAGUAUCCACCAUUGUGUCAGACCUGACCUGAGCGCUCUCUCUGUGGUGUGACCGAGAGUCAGUCAGACCUGACCUGAGUUCUCUCUCUGUGGUGUGACUGAGAGUCAGUCAGACCUGACCUGAGUUCUCUCUCUGUGGUGUGACUGAGAGUCAGUCAGACCUGACCUGAGUUCUCUCUCUGUGGUGUGACUGAGAGUCAGUCAGACCUGACCUGAGCGCUCUCUCUGUGGUGUGACUGAGAGUCAGUCAGACCUGACCUGAGCGCUCUCUCUGUGGUGUGACUGAGAGUCAGUCAGACCUGACCUGAGCGCUCUCUCUCUGUGGUGUGACCGGGAGUCAUGACUCCUGCAGUCAGUUACCCAGGAACUCACCAGUGACCGUGGUCACUAUCUACUUCUGGGUAGACAGAGAGAUCCCCAGGGAACCAGAGAUGACUAAGUACUACCUGUACAAGUGUAUCCCAUCCAAUAGGAUCCCAAGCCCCAAACUGAUAAACGCAUGGUUAAAUAGUAAGAUAUUGUAAUGUUUUUUUGAUCAGUGAUGUAAAACAACGAUUAAUAUAAAUUAUUGACCAGACUACAGUUGUUUACUUAUGUGAAAGCAUUUCUUCUUUUCAAAAAUCACGUGUCCGUUUACAUUUGGUGACGACUGAAUUAAGUGAUAUUUUGUAUCUAUUAUAAUGUAUUGAAUGAUUUAUUUAUUGUUUACACUAGUAACAAACAAAAACAACAUACAAAAAGUGAGCAUGAUCAAAAUGAACAAAAACUCAAAUGUAAAUAAUAACAGGAUUUAUCAGGUGUGAUCUGUGUCAUGUGUGCAACAUUAGGAAAUUGUACUAAACUGAUUUUACCAGUCUGUUUUGUGCUAACGUUCUACUCCUUGUCAUGCCAAACAUGACACAGAGUAAAAAGGGACUGGAAUGUUAGCACAAAACAGGUUCUGGAUUUCAGGCUAUAACUGUGCUCUUGUCACGAGUUGCAGUUCCCCGAUGAAAGGUAUUCCUGAAUGUAACGUGCUCAGAAUGUCACGUGCUCAGACCACCCGGGUUCGCCCGGGUGGCGCGCUGGUCUAGGGCACUGCAUCGCAGUGCUAGCUGCGCCACCAGAGUCUCUGGGUUCGCGCCCAGGCUCUGUCGCAGCCGGCCGCAACCGGGAGGUCCGUGGGGCGACGCACAAUUGGCAUAGCGUCGUCCGGGUUAGGGAGGGUUUAGCCGGUAGGGAUAUCCUUGUCUCAGUAUGUAAAAUGUAAUAAAAAUGUAUGCACUCUACUGUAAGUCGCUCUGGAUAAGAGCGUCUGCUAAAUGACUAAAAUGUAAAUGAAUGUGAAACAAAAACCAGGUUAAAUUCUUUACUGUAGCCUCACUAGGAACCAAACAGAAACCAGGCUAAAUUCUUUACUGUAGCCUCACUAGGAACCAAACAGAAACCAGGCUAAAUUCUUUACUGUAGCCUCACUAGGAACCAAACAGAAACCAGGCUAAAUUCUUUACUGUAGCCUCACUAGGAACCAAACAGAAACCAGGCUAAAUUCUUUACUGUAGCCUCACUAGGAACCAAACAGAAACAAACUAAAACCGAAAAAGCCAGAGGGACCUACCUAAAUGUGUCCAAUAGAAACCUCCUGAUCGAGGUCCAAUGACACAGGAAGUGCCAUGGUUUUCAGGCUUCCUCUCUGCUUUUCCCCCUUACCACUUGGAGGGUGGUAAAAGCGUUUUUCCAUUUCGCAAAAAACUUUUUGGGGAACUGUUUGCAACUGUGUGUGUACUGUGUGCACUAAUGAUUACACCCCUGGUGAGAACUUAAAGUGAAACAGCAAUGAAAUGUAUGAAAAGGAGCCGGACUAAACAAACUAGACCUUAAACAAUGUGAUGAUUUGGGGAAUAAUGUGUAAAAAAAAAAAAAUACAAAAAAAAUAGAAUUUCGUUUUGUGAUGAUAAUACUUAACAUUUAUCUAAUUUGAUAGAACCUUAUAGAGAGCUUUAAUUUGUCUAAAAAAGUUAUCUGAUCGGAUUUUGGCAAUCGAAUCGGAUUAAAUGCAUAGAAAUAGAACGAAUAGAACAGCCGUAUCAUUGACUUGAAUGGGGACGCCCGUUCUAUUCGUUAUAUUUCUAGCCGUUUCUAACCCUAUCCGAUCAGAGAAACUUUUGAAAAACGGGGGGCCCUGGUGUCCACUGUACGGUACCAGCUCUAAAAGGGUAGACCAGAGAUCACCAUACACGGAUCAACUAAGGAGAAACAUCCACAUUAAUUUUUACAAAGACACUAUUUUUGCCCAAAUGUCAUAGGAUUAUAUAAAAUGAUCGUCGUUGUAGUGUAUGAUGUAUGUUCGAUAUUUUGUAAAAACAAUUGCAUCCAUCUGAAAGGGAGCAGAAUUUAACGCAGGAUCAUUGUGAUCAGGAUGAAAUGUUUAGAAAAACUGGGCCCAGAUGAUGGUUCCCUUUGUAGUGUUCAACCAGGGCCCAUAGGGCUACAUAGUAGUGCACUAAAUAGGACAGAGGGAGCUAUUUGAGACUCAGCACAGACAGAAGUUUAGUAAUAGGACAGUAGGUCAUUAUUUUAGCUAGUGUUGAAAGUAAUAGGACAGUAUGUCAUUAUCUCCAGCUAGUGCUGAUCAGUAAUAGGACAGUAGGUCAUUAUCUCCAGCCAGUGUUGAUCAGUAAUAUGACAGUAGGUCAUUAUCUCCAGCCAGUGUUGAUCAGUAAUAGGACAGUAUGUCAUUAUCUCCAGCCAGUGUUGAUCAGUAAUAGGACAGUAGGUCAUUAUCUCCAGCCAGUGUUGAUCAGUAAUAGGACAGUAGGUCAUUAUCUCCAGCCAGUGUUGAUCAGUAAUAGGACAGUAGGUCAUUAUCUCCAGCCAGUGUUGAUCAGUAAUAUGACAGUAGGUCAUUAUCUCCAGCCAGUGUUGAUCAGUAAUAGGACAGUAUGUCAUUAUCUCCAGCCAGUGUUGAUCAGUAAUAGGACAGUAGGUCAUUAUCUCCAGCCAGUGUUGAUCAGUAAUAGGACAGUAGGUCAUUAUCUCCAGCCAGUGUUGAUCAGUAAUAGGACAGUAUGUCAUUAUCUCCAGCCAGUGUUGAUCAGUAAUAGGACAGUAGGUCAUUAUCUCCAGCCAGUGUUGAUCAGUAAUAGGACAGUAGGUCAUUAUCUCCAGCUAGUGUUGAUCAGUAAUAGGACAGUAGGUCAUUAUUUCCAGCCAGUGUUGAUCAGUAAUAGGACAGUAGGUCAUUAUCUCCAGCCAGUGUUGAUCAGUAAUAGGACAGUAUGUCAUUAUCUCCAGCCAGUGUUGAUCAGUAAUAGGACACUAUGUCAUUAUCUCCAGCCAGUGUGUUGAUCAGUAAUAGGACAGUAUGUCAUUAUCUCCAGCCAGUGUUGAUCAGUAAUAGGACAUUAUGACAUUAUCUCCAGCCAGUGUUGAUCAGUAAUAGGACAGUAUGUCAUUAUCUCCAGCCAGUGUUGAAAGUAAUAGGACAGUAUGUCAUUAUCUCCAGCCAGUGUUGAUCAGUAAUAGGACACUAUGUCAUUAUCUCCAGCCAGUGUUGAUCAGUAAUAGGACAGUAUGUCAUUAUCUCCAGCUAGUGUUGAUCAGUAAUAGGACAGUAUGUCAUUAUCUCCAGCCAGUGUUGAUCAGUAAUAGGACAGUAUGUCAUUAUCUCCAGCCAGUGUUGAUCAGUAAUAGGACACUAUGUCAUUAUCUCCAGCCAGUGUGUUGAUCAGUAAUAGGACAGUAUGUCAUUAUCUCCAGCCAGUGUUGAUCAGUAAUAGGACAUUAUGACAUUAUCUCCAGCCAGUGUUGAUCAGUAAUAGGACAGUAUGUCAUUAUCUCCAGCCAGUGUUGAAAGUAAUAGGACAGUAUGUCAUUAUCUCCAGCUAGUGUUGAUCAGUAAUAGGACAGCAUGUCAUUAUCUCCAGCUAGUGUUGAUCAGUAAUAGGACAGUAGAUCAUUACCUCCAGCUAGUGUUGAUCAGUAAUAGGACAGUAUGUCAUUAUCUCCAGCCAGUGUUUAUCACUAAUAUGACAGUAGGUCAUUAUCUCCAGCCAGUGUUGAUCAGUAAUAGGACAGUAUGCCAUUAUCUCCAGCUAGUGUUGAUCAGUAAUAGGACAGUGGGUCAUUAUCUACAGCCAGAUGUUGAUAAUAUUAUGACUGACUUAUUCUUAAAUAGAAGCUUCACUUGACAUUGCUGUUAUCUACAUGCUACUUGAUGUUUUAGAAUAUAAAUGACUAAUUAAAAGCUGCUGUGGGAUAAACUUUUCACCGUAGACGUGUAGUUCCUGAAACCAUGCAAGACAUACAAAUAACAUACUGGAGUUUUUUAUUUUGGGGUGUCAGAUUGAGACUACCAGGUUUCCGUCCAAUUGGCGACAGGUUUUUUAAUGUGUUCAUUAUCUGCAUAAAGAAAAUAUGUGCAUUUUCCCACAGUUUCCACCAAAACAGACUUGUUGCAGACAAAAAAAUCAGUGUGUGAUGAUGCAGUGUGUACCAAAAUGUAAUUUUUUGGUUUAAGUUUUCAUGUACUGAAUAAAAAUCUAGUGUUUUAA